CUAACAAGUUGCGGAAAGAACAACCACUUUCAUCAUUUUGCAAGUCAAUCAAUAUCGACGUGGACCACUUCUAGAGUCAUGGCUAUCACCCUGAAGGACCGCGUUGCCAUUGUCACCGGAGGAGGCGGCGGGCUAGGACGGGAAUACGCACUCGCGUUAGCGAAGGCAGGCGCGAAAGUGGUUGUCAACGAUUACGGCGGUGAUGCUCAAGGAAAUGCGGGGACUAUCAAUCGAGCGCAGAGUGUUGUGAACGAGAUCAAGGCAUUAGGCGGCUCCGCUAUAGCCAACGGAAGCGAUGUGUCCACAGACGCGAAAGAGAUUGUGCAAUCAGCGGUGGAUGCAUAUGGCAGACUCGACAUCCUGAUCAACAACGCCGGCAUUAUGGGCAAAGUCAGCCCGCAUGACGAUGUUGAUGUCGCCAAUUUCCGGCGGGUCUUGGAAGUCUCGGCGGUGGGCACCGUAAUGAUGGUGAGCGCGGCAUAUCCGAUUAUGCAGAAGCAAAAGCAUGGACGGAUCAUCAAUGUCUCGUCUAGUGCUAUCAUGGGCAUGGAGGCUGGUGGCGAUUGCGCCUACUCGGCUUCCAAAGGUGCGGUCUUCGCUAUGACUCGGGAAAUGGGUCGCUUUGGCCCACAGUUUGGCAUCAAAGUCAACGCCCUUAUGCCGGCAGGAAUGAGUCGUAUGGCCAGCGAGCCUAGGAUCGCCGAAUUUAUGCGAAAAUACUGUCCAGCACACAAAGUGGCUCCCUUUGUUUCGCUCUUAAGCUCAGACGAAUGUCCCAUUUCUGGUGAGAUCUUCUCAGUUGGCGCGGGCAGAGCAGCCCGAGUCACUCUGGCGACUUUCCCAGGUUCAAAUCAAUCCACACCCGAGGGAUACCUCCACGACUUCGACAAUGUCAUGGGUAACCCCAAGGAUAUCCAUAUUCCCAAAAGCACCGCAGAUGAUGCGAUCUACCUCGUUAAGAAUGCUACUGGGGAUAACGUGCAGGCAUUGGCUGAUUUCGGAAUCCCUAUUGGCACGGAAUUAUAAUACCAUCAUCCCUAAGUAAGUUGAAUAUUAUAUUUUCUCUGGUGUGAACAUCUUCUCCUGAGAGGCUGUUACAGUAAUCUUUAAUAAGAUCCUUGCCUAAACCCCUCAUGUUAAUGAACUUAUGAAUUGCGCUGAUAUUUUAUAAUUAUCUACUGGCUUAAUUGGCAAGAACAAAAAUACUACCACUAACUUUAAUGUAAAUCUCAUUGGUGCAUGGAAUAUGGGAA